AUGGAACAACAAAUGCCAUGCAAUGCUGCUCUGAAUUUGCAGCGUUGGCACGCUAUUGUCAAUGCCCGUGGGUUUCCAAAUGGUUUUCCUCAAUGGGUGCUGGACAAUGAUAUUGCAGAUUAUGUCCCGGAGAUGCCUUCUUUACAAUGGCUCCAAUCAGUGCUUCAGGCAGUGCUUUAUGAGGAAGAGCAGUGGGUUUCGGUCGUGAAGGCUAGGCAAUACCAGCUGAAUAAAGCCCGUAUGGAUGCGGAUUGGGAGGCCGGGGGGUCCAUGCACGCUGCCGCUUUGAAACAGUUGUCCGCGCCCUCGCUUCAAAGCUUAGCGCAGGCUACUCCUGUCCAGGUGGCGCCGCUGAGAACCACUAAAGGUACGCCAGCUUCAUAUCGAGUUGUGCAAGGUCCUUUACCUCAUCCAGGAGAUGUGUGGAAAGUUGGGAAGAACAAGGCUCUGAUUAAGCGAGUGGAGGGCGAUUUUGUCACAUUGGAUGUGCCUUAUAAGGAGGGGAUGCGAGUCCGGGAGGUGAGCCACCUUACCUGGAACUCUGACCCGGCCUUCUUGGCUGGUGAAAUUUCUUCUUUCUGGAAGCAGUUCUGGCAUUCUCCCAAGCGGGCUGAUCUGGAUUUCGUCCAGAAUCAGCUUCGGUUCUUACCAUCUCUGCAGCCGUUUGAUGACCAUAUCUCGGUUACUGAACUGCAGUGGGUUCUGAAGAAGUUGCCAAAGAAAAAAGCUCGAGGACUUGAUGGUUUCUCGAAUGCGGAAUUGAAGGCGAUGCCUGCUGAUUUGCGCGCAAUGCUGCUGACUUUAUUAAAUACGUUUACGCAAACGGCUGUUUGGCCCCAGGUACUCACACAAGCUGUGGUUUCUCUUUUGUCCAAGGUUGAUGUCCCAACUGAGGCAAGCGAUGCUCGUCCCAUUACUAUAUUAGGGACGAUCUACAGAGUGUGGGCGACAUGUAUGACAAUGAAGAUUAUUGUGCAUCUUUUGCCAUCGUUACCCUCAACGUUGUAUGGAUGUAUUCCAGGGCGAUCCCCCAUGGAUAUGGCGUGGUCGUUGCAGUCCUCGAUUGAGGAAACGUUUUAUUCGCAGGCGUCGCUUGCAGGUGCAUCAAUGGACCUUACCAAGGCUUUUAACUUGAUCCCGAGAGAUGGGUUCCAGGUAAUUGCGCGUCAGCUUGGAUGGCCCAACACGUUGCUUAGGGCCCAUGAUGCUUUUCUGAGAGGGCUUAAUCGGUUUUUCUGCUUUGGCGGCACUUUGUAUCGCCCCACUUCCUCGUCAGUUGGAGUUCCAGAAGGCUGCCCUGUAUCUGUGGCGGCUAUGAUGGUUAUUACUUGGGUUGCAGACGCGCGCAUGAGAACGAUGACGCAUGUAUCUUUACACAGUUAUGUGGACAACUGGUCUGUUCAGCAUAGUGAUGCAAAUAUAGUUCUGCAAGCUACAGCAAAUGCAGUGGAGACAAUUGAGUCGUUGGCCAUGUCUAUGUCUUUUGACAAGCUGAAGAUGUACGCCACAGAUGUGAAAGCGCGAAAGUUCCUGAGAGCUUCCCAAAUCUCAGGUCACUCUCUGCAAGUGGUUCAUGAUUUUAAGGAUUUAGGGGUUUUCUUUUGUGCUGUUCAGGGUCAAACAGCCAAAGGGUUCAAUGUCAGAUUCGAGAAGAUGCAGCACCGUUUUCAAAAACUUCAAGUGGUUCGGUGGUCUGACUUUCGUAAAGCCAAGAGUUUAUCCAGAGUCAUCUUGCCUGGAGUUCUGUAUGGGUCUGAGCUGGUGCAUAUAUCCACUAGUUCAUUUCGCAAGCUGCGUGGAAGAUGUUCUUCGGCCCUUUGGGGUCGUUCGAAUCAGCGGGAUCACUUUCUCGCGCCACUCCUUUCUGCAGCAGAUAUCUAUGAGCCAUUCUUGAUCGUUUUUCAAAAGCGAUGGCAAUCCCUGCAGAAAGGAAUAAGACAGGACCCCGUGAAUAUAGUACGGCAUUGGAACAUGGUUCUUGCAGCGGGCCACAGUAUGCUUGUGGGUCCCAUAUCUUAUUUCCAAGAGCAAUUGGCACGCGGUUAG